CACCACCAUCAUCCCCCUCUCCUUCUUCCCCUCUUCCUCCCUUCUUUCCUAUCUCAUUUCCUUCCUGCCUCUUUCUCUUUCUCUUCGUGGGGGCUUAAUCAUUAGCCCUUUUUGCUAUUUAUUUCAUUUCUCCUUUUUUUUUUUCCCAUGGAAUUCUAUCUUUGAAACUCAUUCCUUUGAUAUCCUCUUCUGCUUUUUUCUUUUGCUUUUUAUCAUCAUGGGAGCCUGUCUCUCUACCACCAAAGUCAGUGGCUCAAGCAGCAACGCCGGCGCGAACCACCGCAAAGAACAACAACCCACGACAACGACGACAAAUGAGAAAAAACAGUCUCAAAAGCCUAAUGGUCAACAGGGUCGGCAGCGGCAGCAGCAACAACAGGUGAGGAAUUCUCAGCCUUUAAAGGUCAAAGGGAAACCAAGUGCGAGGAGACAGAGUGGGAUCAUCCCUUGUGGGAAACGUACGGAUUUUGGGUACCAUAAGGAUUUUGAUAAGUGUUACACGAUUGGGAAAUUGUUGGGACAUGGACAAUUUGGUUACACCUAUGUUGCCACGGACAGGGCAAAUGGGGAUCGGGUUGCCGUUAAGAAAAUUGAGAAAAAUAAGAUGGUUCUUCCCAUUGCUGUUGAGGAUGUCAAGCGAGAGGUCAAGAUAUUGGAAGCCCUGAAAGGCCAUGAGAAUGUGGUUCAGUUCUAUAAUGCAUUUGAGGAUGAUUCCUAUGUAUACAUUGUUAUGGAGUUAUGUGAGGGUGGAGAAUUGCUGGACCGGAUAUUAGCCAAUGUAACAACCAGGAGUACCUUAUGCUUGCCUUCUUCUGUCAGAAAGGACAGUCGUUAUAGUGAAAAGGACGCAGCGGUAGUUGUACGGCAGAUGCUCAAAGUUGCCGCUGAGUGUCAUUUGCGUGGCUUGGUGCACCGUGACAUGAAACCCGAGAAUUUCCUAUUUAAGUCAACCAGAGAGGACUCACCUCUGAAGGCUACAGAUUUUGGUUUGUCAGACUUUAUCAGACCUGGGAAGAGGUUUCAAGAUAUUGUUGGCAGUGCCUACUAUGUUGCUCCUGAAGUAUUAAAACGAAGGUCAGGGCCUGAAUCAGAUGUAUGGAGUAUUGGUGUGAUUACCUAUAUUUUGCUCUGUGGGAAACGGCCCUUUUGGGAUAAGACGGAGGAUGGCAUAUUUAAGGAGGUUCUGAAGAACAAGCCUGAUUUUCGUCGUAAACCAUGGCCAACAAUUAGCAACAGUGCUAAAGACUUUGUGAAGAAGUUAUUGGUGAAGGAUCCUCAGGCAAGACUGACAGCUGCUCAGGCCCUAUCUCACCCAUGGGUUAGAGAAGGAGGAAAUGCUUCUGAGAUUCCUGUUGAUAUAUCUGUUCUGAACAACCUGCGGCAAUUUGUGAAGUACAGUCGAUUGAAGCAGUUUGCUCUGAGGGCGUUGGCUAGCACGCUUAAUGAAGAGGAGAUAGCUGAUCUUCGGGAUCAGUUUGAUGCAAUUGAUGUGGAUAAGAAUGGUUCUAUUAGUCUUGAAGAGAUGAGACAGGCCCUUGCUAAAGAUCUUCCUUGGAAGGUGAAGGAAUCACGUGUUCUAGAGAUUCUUCAAGCGAUUGAUAGCAACACGGAUGGCCUCGUUGAUUUCACUGAGUUUGUUGCGGCUGCCCUACAUGUGAAUCAAAUGGAAGAACAUGAUUCUGAUAAAUGGCAGCAGCGGUCACAGGCUGCUUUUGAGAAAUUUGAUGUAGAUAGAGACGGGUUUAUAACUCCUGAGGAGCUUAGAAUGCACACUGGCUUGAGAGGUUCCAUUGACCCUUUGCUUGAGGAGGCUGACAUUGAUAAAGAUGGAAAAAUAAGCCUUUCAGAAUUUCGCCGACUUCUACGGACUGCAAGCAUGGGUUCAAAGAAUGUACCUAGUCCAUCUGGUCUGCGGAAUACUUGUAAGUUAUAGGUUGGAAUUGAAUUAUUGAGGGUUGAUCCGUGGAGAGACAAAAGACAGCAGCUUUUGCUUGCUUGGCACCUGUAGGACCCCAAGCAGGCUUCCCAUAUACCUGUCUCCAUCAGCGUUCUAGGGACCCUUUUUGACUCGAGUUUUGUGUGAUGGCGUCCCACUUUGGGGAAUCCACUGCUGAGAGGUCUUUGGAUAUAUAAGAUUUGAUGUUGGCUCUGGUAGUGAGAUAGCUCCAGGUAUAUGGUCAUACUGUGUACAUUCGUUGGUUGGGUAUUUUCCUUGUUGUACCCUCCAUAUUUGUAAUAUGUGACUAUAAAUACUUUAUCAAUGAAAAUACGGUGCACCCGAAUUCUAUUCCAUGUGUUAA